AUGUCCAAAGUUAUCCUAGUCACAGGCAGCAAUUCGAGCAUUGGAUUCGAGCUCGUCCGCAUCCUUGCUGAGAAGGGACACACUGUUUACCUCGCAUCACGCAAUGAGCAAGCUGGGCAGGAAGCGCAAAAAUCCUUACACGCCAAGGGUCUCACCAACGUCAAAUACACCACCCUCGACGUGCGCGACCCGCGCACCAUCGCCGCUUCAGUCGCGCUGAUCUCCGCCGCCCAUGGUAAACUCGACGUGCUCGUAAACAACGCUGCAAUCUCGCGAAACGACGUUGCGCAGCACCCAUCGCAGCUGUCUGUCGCUGUAGCUCGGGACGUGUUCGAGACGAACUACCUGGGGAUUAUCGAGACAACAACUGCGUUCCUUCCGCUCCUGCGCGCCGCGAAGGCGGCGGGCGGUGUGCCCGUGAUCACGAACGUUUCAAGCCCACUGGGCUCGCAGGCGUACCAGAGCCGCGACGACGCGACGACGGUGUUUACCGCAUACGGGAAUAGCAAGGCUGCAGUGAACGGAUACACAGUGGCACUUGCAAACGAGCUGAAGAAGGAGGGGUUCAAGGUGAAUGCGGUCAGCCCCGGCCUGGUGGCGUCGCGCUUGAAUGACUUUGUAAAGGGUGGGAGAACAUUGGAGGAAGGCGCCCUUGGGAUUCUGCCAAUGGUUUUACUGGAUGACAACGGCCCAACAGGCAAGUUUUUCAACUGGGAUGGGUCGGAAAUCGCAUGGUAA